AUGGUUUCCAGGCAGUGCAUGGCUUUGUUUCUCUGCUUUCUGCUACUGAUUCCUCUUUCUCUGGAUGCAGUCUUUCUAAAGCAGGAAGAGGCAAGCAGCAUUCUGCAACGGCAAAGACGAGCCAACAGCUUCUUUGAAGAGAUAAAACUGGGGUCACUAGAGCGAGAAUGCAUGGAAGAAAAGUGUUCCUUUGAGGAAGCAAGAGAGAUUUACUAUGAUGAUGAAAGGACAAAAGAGUUCUGGCACAUCUAUUCCGACCCUAACCAGUGUGACUCCAACCCCUGUCAGAACGGCGGGAGUUGUGACGACCAGUUUCAGGAUUACGUGUGCCGCUGUCCCGUCGAAUAUGAAGGCAAAAGCUGUGAAAAAGCCACGGCUGACAAACUGAAGUGCAUUUACGACAACGGUGGCUGUGAACAGUACUGUACUGAUGAGCAGUCCGAAAAACGAGUGUGCUUCUGUGCGGACAAUUACACUUUAGCGAGUGAUGGUGUGUCCUGCGUUCCCCAAGUGAAAUACCCAUGUGGAAAAAUACCAGUGCUGGCAAAAAAAAAUGCAACUGCACAGGGGAGAAUAGUAGGUGGUUUAAUCUGUCCUCCAGGUGAAUGUCCAUGGCAAGCCCUUAUAAUACAGAAUCAGAAAGAAAACUGUGGCGGUACCCUGCUUUCCCCAGAGUGGGUGGUCACUGCAGCUCACUGUUUGGAGCAUACUCAUCCUAAACAGCUUCGGGUGAGACUGGGUGAACACACAAUAAAUUACAAUGAGAAAACUGAGCAAGAAAGUGGAGUUGCCAGGAUAAUCAUUCAUGAAGAAUACACGAAAGGACAAGUCAAUAAUGAUAUUGCCCUCCUGAGCCUGGAAACACCUGUGAAUCUCACCGAUCACGUGGUGCCGAUAUGUUUGCCUGAAAAACGGUUUGCAGUGCAUGAACUGUCCUCCAUCAAGUUCUCCACAGUGAGCGGGUGGGGACGCCUACUAGAUGGAGGUGCCACCUCUUCUGUUCUGAUGAAAGUUGAUUUGCCACGUGUAAAGACACAAGAAUGUGAAAAGGAGACCGAUUUAAAUAUUACAGAGAAUAUGUUCUGUGCAGGAGACCUGACCGGCGUUAAAGACUCCUGCAAGGGAGACAGCGGUGGACCUCAUGCUACAAAGUACAAGAACACUUGGUUUCUGACCGGGAUUGUCAGCUGGGGAAAGGGCUGUGCUGUUAAAGGCAGCUAUGGGGUUUACACAAGGGUGUCCAAAUACAUCGACUGGUUGAAGAAAAACAUGGAUUAA